AGGUUUCUGCUGUUGAGACUCAUUGCAGUCUGAAGAAGAUGUGGACCGUCCUGUUUCUUCUUCUACUCAAUGCCUCGGCCUGCUGUGGUUUUGGGUUCAAAGGCUGUUCUCAGAACUUCCCUAACACAGACAUCAUGUGGUGCUUUAACAACAACAUUGACAACAUCUCUGACGUCAUUAGCAUGAUUCCUGGUAACAUAACUACCAUUAAUCUGUCAAAGAACAAAAUCAGAGUCAUCCCACCUGGAUUGUUCAGUCAGGUGCGUGGGCUAAGAAACCUUGACCUAAGCCAGAACAUGCUAACUUUUCUUAAAGGAGGAGAGUUCAAAGGCCUGGAUUCCCUGGUUUUCCUCAACCUCUCCUGCAAUAACAUUUCACACAUCCACUCCAAUGCAUUUGACGACCUGCAAAGACUCAAAACAUUACUUCUGAUGCAAAACUAUCUUUCAACCGUGUCUCCUCGCAUCUUUAGCUCCCUACCAGCUAUUCAAAAGCUUGAUCUAUCCUUGAACAGGCUUGAGGCUUUCAGCUGUGGAGACUCAAGUGGGUCCUCCAGUCUUCAGAGGCUCGACCUUUAUGCAAACAACAUCCAGAAGCUUGAUGUGAGCUGUUUCCCUGCCCUUGAGUACAUCGGGCUGUCCAACAACUCAAAGCUACACCUGCAAGUGGAUGUUUUUUCCUCAAACCACAGGCUGAGGACUCUGCUUUGUCAGAGUAUUGAUCCAGAAAUGCUACUGAGGCUCCCAGCAGAGACAAAGAGAAAUCUCACUUGGGUGAAAUUUUCUCUGUCUUUGGAGAAAUCUCCACCAACGAUCUGCCAACUCAUAAAAGGAAUGAACCAGCUUCAAAGAGUAGAUGUUGACUUGAAAGGAUCUAAGUUAGCUCAGGCUAACUCUAGCCUGUUGGACUGCUCCACUCCAUUUCUGUUGCUGAUGAAGGAUGCAAAAUUUGGGAAUGUGGCCCAGUUGGCAUCAGGUAGCAGGAAAACCAACGAGCUUUAUCUCAUCAACGUAGGACUAAAGCAGAUCUCACGCACUACAUUCACCGGCUACGAGGGACUCAAAACGUUGCAGAUGAGUCAAAAUGAGGUGAUUAUUGAACAGGACACGUUCAAAGACCUGACACAGCUAGUUUUUCUUAGCUUAGACUGCAGCAGACUUCGUGACAUUGACCCCAACUGGUUUGCCCCUCUGAAGAAGCUUAAACAACUGUCUCUCCUAAAAAAUGAAAGCACUGCACUGCCACCAAUGGGAUUCAGUGCCCUGAUUCAUCUGGAGCAGCUUUACCUGCAGUUCAACCUACUGAAGUACAUCACCAAGAAGCCUUUUAGGAUGAUGCAGAGGCUAAAAAUACUCAAUCUCAGUUGGAACAUCAUUUAUUUCAUAGAAGAAGGAACCUUUCAAGACUUGAAAAGCCUGGGAUACCUGGACCUAAGUGGGAACCGCAUCAAGAGGCUGACACCACGUAUCCUGUCUGGUUUGUCAAAUUUAAGGAAAAUUGCUCUGUACAACAACCAACUCUGUUUUAGGUCCUAUGAAUCUCCUUUCAUCAACCUCACUUCUCUGGAGCAUUUGGACAUGAACUACCAAGGACCUGGAGGCCAAGGGAUUGGAAAUAUUGGACCAAACUUCUUCCAAGAUACACAUCAACUUCUCACAUUAAGAAUAGGGCACAGCAUCUCACUCGACUUUCACCCUGAUGCCUUUGUUCCUCUGGUCAAGUUAAAACACCUCGACAUCGCAGGAAUUACCAUGAGGAAAACAAACUUGAGUGCAUUGUUGUCUCCUCUAAAAACACUGAAGAGGCUGACUCUCUACAGGGUAGAUCUUGAUACUUUGCCUGCUAACUUGCUGCCUCCAGAUAACACACUGCAAAUCCUCAAGGUCCAGUCAAACCACCUUCGAACUGUGGACCAAACAACGAUGGAGGCUUUGCCAAGAUUGCGUCUAUUGGAUGUUACAGAAAACCCUCUUACCUGUACCUGUGACAACACCUGGUUCAAGACUUGGGCUGUCAACAACAAAUACACACAGGUGUCUGAGCUGUACAACAUGCAAUGCGAUGACAACAGGAGAUCUCCCUACCUGUGGCAGUUUGAUGAUAAAGCCUGCUCCUACAACCAGGUGUCCUUCAUUCUCUUCAUCCUCUGCUCUGUCUUUGAUGUGUUGUUUGUGGUUGUGUGUCUGGCCUGGCACACACAGGGUCCUACGCUGCGCUACCUGUUGCUCAUCAUCAGGGCAAAACUUGGUGGACGAAGGGGAGCAGCAGGGGCCAAAUUCCAGUAUGAUGCCUUCAUCUCCUACAGCUCCAAGGAUGAGGCCUGGGUGAUGGGACAGCUGGUGCCCAAUCUAGAGAGGCCAGCUAUGGGGGAAAAGAGGCUCCGACUGUGCCUCCACCACAGAGACUUCCGUCCUGGUGCCGCUGUGCUCGAGAACAUCGAAGCUGCCAUUUACAGCUCUCGCCACACAAUCUGCGUGGUGACACGACACUUCCUGCGGAGCGAGUGGUGCUCCAUUGAGUUUCAGCUGGCCAGUCUGAGGCUUUUAUUUGACGGCAGUGACGUCCUGCUGCUGGUGUUUCUGGAGGAGAUCCCAGAGCACUGUCUGUCUCCCUACACGCGCUUACGCAAGAUUGUACGGAAGAAGACCUACCUGCUGUGGCCCGAGGAGCCACAAGAGCGGGAUGCCUUCUGGGUCAGACUUAUAGAUGCUUUGAAGGAUAGAGAAGAGGAGGAGGAGGAGGGAGGAAGAGGAGGAGAAGAGGAAUUCGCAAGGCUCAUUGGCUAG